GUCCCAAGUCUUUGUAAACAAAUGUCCAAUGUCAGCUUAGUUUGGCACAUGGAUGAUCCAUCGGUCUGAGUGAUCCCCUUUAAGAGAAUGCCCAGUCGAUGUGGAAGUCCAGCACUAGCAUAUCACGCACAAGAAAACAACCACCCAUUGAGGAGAGAAAGAGACAUGGCGGACCUGGUUGUUGGGUUGGCCAAGUCAGUGGUGGAGGGGGCAUUGACCAAGGCCCAGGCAGCCAUCGAAGAAGAGGCCAAGCUUCGGCAGAGCACACAGCGCAACCUAGUGUUCAUCACCGACGAGUUUGAAAUGAUGCACUCAUUCCUCAAGGUAGCGGACGAGGAGCGCCUAGAGAACAAGGUGGUGAUAACAUGGGUGAGGCAGAUCCGCGAGCUGGCCUACGACGUGGAAGACUGCAUCGAGCUCGUCAUCCACCUUGAUAAAAAGAGCAGGUGGUGGUGGCACAUGGUGCCGUCCUGGUGCAUGGCGCUGCCACUGCCGCUUGACGAGGCGGCAAGCGAGAUCGAGCAGCUCAAGGCGAGGGUGGAGGACGUGAGCACCAGGAACACGCGCUACAGCCUCAUCAGCGACACGGGCUCCAAAAACCCUUCAACGUGCAGCAGGAGCCGGCCGGUGGCAUCCGCCGCCGCUGCGACCGCGGCUGACAUGCUCGCCGAGGCAAGGGGCGCCACCAAGAGGCAGCAAAGAGUCAGUGAUCUCACCCGGCUGAUCACCAAGAAGCAGGACAACAAUGGACUCCAUGUGAUAUCGGUUCGGGGUGCAGCCGGCGACCAUGGGACGACAUCCAUCAUCAGGAAGGCCUACAACCACCCAGAUAUAUGCCAAGACUUCCCAUGCCGCUCCUGGGUGAAAAUGAUGCAUCCUUUCAGUCCCCACCAAUUCAUGCGCAACAUGAUGGCUCAGUUUCAUGCAACCUCUUGCAUGGAACAAAGAGCAACCAUAGGCAAGGAUGUCUUUAAGAAGAUGGAGGCCGCUCAGGAAGAUCUCUUCAGUGAGUUCGAGGAGCUAAUCAGAGAUAAGAGGUACCUCAUCGUCUUGGAAGGCCUGUCACACAUGGCAUAUUGGGAUGCUAUCAGAGCAUUCCUUCCUGAGAUGACAAAUGGCAGCUGGAUCAUCGUGUCAACUCAGCAAUCCGAAAUAGCAACCUUGUGCAUUGGUCACUCAUACCAGGUGGUGGAGCUCCGAAAGUUCUCGGACAAGCACUCUGUUUGUGCCCUCUACAAGGCUUCUCAAGGGGAUGGUGAUAAAGACAAGAACCCAAUGGGUUUUGAUGGGGGUGAAGAUAAAGGCAAGAAAAUCACGUCACUUCAGGAGGAAGCAAAGGAAUGGAAGGACAAGAAUGAUGGCCUUGUUGGACGCGAGUCACAAAUGACUGAACUCGUUAAAUGUUUAACUGAGGCACGUGUCAACUCUCGUCCAGUUAUGUCCGUAUGGGGGAUAGCUCAAGUUGGGAAAUCAGCCCUUGUCAAGAAAUUGUUCUAUGAGACAGUGCUUCAGCUUCAGGGUGGCAAGUAUGACGAUUAUUAUUGGGUGGAUAUAUCCCAUCCAUUUAAUAUGAGGGACUUGUAUCUGACCUUACUUUCAGAUUUUCAUUCUGACAAAGACCCUACUGAAGAGUGUCACCGUCUUCUGAAGAAAGGUUGGUGCCUCAUUGUUAUUGACGAUCUCCGGUCCACAAAGGAUUGGGACAUGAUACAAGCUGCCUUGGUAUCCAAACAUCUUAAGAGCGUUGUCAUUGUCAUUACAACUGAUCGAACCAUCGCCGAAUAUUGCACAAAUAAUAAAGAUCUCGUGUUUAAUGUCAAGGCUCUAGAAGUUGAUGCCGCCUUUCAUCUCUUCAAAAACCAGGUACUUAAGAAGAGUUCACCAUACCCUUUGAAGGAUCCAGAGGCGCGUGUAAAAUAUCUUAUUUCAAAGUGUGGCGGUCUUCCCAAAGUAAUAUCUGCUAUAGCUGUGUUACUGGCCACGAAGACAAACAAAAGGAAGGAAACUAUACAUUCUUUGAAUGAAAGAUUUAUGCAUCAUCUGGAGACCGAUCCUGAGUAUGACAAUCUACAAGAUCUAUUUUCCUGGAUGCAAUCUUACUUCCGUACUUGUCCCGAUGCACUCAAGCCAUGUAUCUUCUACUUGUCCAUUUUUCCUCAAGAUCAAAUCAUUCGGCGGAGGCGACUGGUAAGGCGGUGGAUUGCAGAGGGCUACUCCAGGGAUAGCCAGAAUGAAUCUGCCGAGGAGAAUGGGGAGAAGCAAUUCUCUGAACUCCUUGAACUGAGCAUAAUCCAGCAGAGAUCGUCGUCAUCAUCAGUCAACAGCUCUGCAUUCAGUGUGGACAUCGUUAGGAUGGUUAUGUGCCAGGUGAAUGGUUUCAUCCGAGAGUACGUCGUGUCACGGCGUUUGGAAGAGAAUCUGGUGUUUGAACUGGGUGGCAAAUGUGCUCUAACCACCCAACGCACCGGGCGUCACCUUGUCAUAUUGGAUAACUGGGAAAGAGAUGGCAUUGUGUUCGCGACCAUGGAUUUCUCUAGGCUACGGUCACUAACAGUGUUUGGAGUGUGGAAGUCAUUCUUCAUCUGUGAAAGUAUGAAGAUGCUUCGGGUGCUUGAUCUAGAGAAUUCAGAGGCUUUAAAUGAUGGUGAUCUUGACAAGAUACUGGAGUGGUUGCGUCGCCUCAAGUUCCUCUCGUUGCGAGGUCACAGUGAGAUCAAACAUUUACCAGGUUCAUUACAUCAUCUGAGGCAGCUCCAGACACUCGAUGUGAGAGGCACCUCAAUAACCACCCUGCCACGGAAGAUCACCAAGUUACAAAAACUGCAGUACAUUCGUGCGGGGACCAUGGGCUUGAAAUCACCAGUUUCAUCUGGCUGCUCCAGCUGGUUGCCUGAGUUCUGCAGAUUUCAUCGUCCUACAAUCAGUGUUGAGGUGCCCACAGAGAUUGGUGAACUGAUUGAGUUGCACACACUUGGUGUUAUCAACAUCACUGCUUCAGGCGCAAAGAAAACUGUGAAAGAGCUCAAGAAGCUCACCCAGCUGCGCAAGCUCGGAGUGUCUGGCAUCAACCGAAAGAACAGCGGCAUGUUUUUAUCUGCAAUCAAAGAUCAUGCCCAUCUGGAGUCCUUGUCAGUUUCACUUGACAAGGACACCACGCGCGGUUGUUGCUUCAUCACAAAGGACAGCAACAGUCAAGGUUGCUGGGAGGACAAGGUCUCCCUGCCUUGUAAAAACCUUCGGAGCCUUAAACUGUAUGGGCUUGAAGAUAAGUUGCCGAAAUGGGAGGGGGAGCAGCCUGUAAAGUUUGGAAAGCUCACAAAGCUGGAGCUGGACAUGGCCUCUUUACCAGAAGAUGUCAUAAGGUUUGUUGGCGGGCUUCCAGAACUAUGUAUUCUUCGUGUUAAGCAGCAUCAAGAUCGUCACCUCAACUUCUGUGUCAUGGUGAAUGGAUUCGAGGAUGAAUCCUAUAAGAAGGUUAAGAUCCUCGAGAUUUCCUGCUCCAGCGGCUUACGUGUGAGUUUUGGAUCAUGGACAAUGAAAAAACUUGAGGUGCUCAAGGUUGACUGCUACGGUGGGUCGCCGCCUUACGAGUUCAGUGGCCUGGAAAACCUAGAAGAACUCAAGGAAGUCGUGCUAGUUAAGGGCUCCAACGCCCAAGCACUGAAGCAACAACUCGAUCAGCAGCUUGCCGACGAGCACCCGAAAGAAAAGAAGCCUGUCGUGGAGCUGGAGCUACCAUCACCUUCGUCCUGAUGGGUCACCAAUAGUAGCAGUUUAUUACCCUUUGUGUUUUUACCAUACUAGCUCGAUAUCCACUACGUCUUGAUUUGUUCAUGUAAUAUACGUACUUUUCUUCUACAUUGGCAUCAUUGUGAUAUGUGUUUAGUUGAUGUAAAGGGCUCUAUUUAUUACCCUUUGUACUCUCUUCUUCCUGCUUAAUUGCCUUGCUUACGAUGUGUGACUGUUAAAGAGGGAGCAUACUGAUACUAGCAUAAAAGAGCUGGUUGGCGUUAACGGUACAAAAAACUAUAAAUUAGAUCCAUCUUGCUUUUUCCUUUCAAAAGGAUGUCUAUAUUCGAUUUUCAUGUAUAUAUCGAUCUUUGUGUACCUGUCUCCUUUGUAGUUAGAAGUGGGGCCAUUUUGCUCAGUUCCUGAAUUGGCUCUACAUGCAGAUGACAUUUAACGUUGAUUGAGUUAAUAUAGCUAACUACCACUAGCUAGCUGCAGAUUCGUUUGGUUAGGUUAACUAACCAAAUCAGCUGAGUUUCUUAAUGAUGACCUUGGUUGAACCUCCCAAGCUAGUCUCGUCAUACUUACCUAGGUCUGGCAAGUCUCCAUCGAUCUUAAUUAGCAGGACUUCGAUCGAUCCCUCAAGUCUUCUCUGAGCUAUAAGUCUGGCCAGUAAUCUGCCUAACUCCAGUUAACAAUGUCUGUCAGAACAUUAGAAAAAAACACUUCAUCAUUAUAAAUGUGAAGUA